AUGACAACGUUAACGAGGCAAGAUCUCAAUUUUGGACAAGUGGUGGCUGACAUAUUGUGCGAGUUCCUAGAGGUCGCUAUUCAUCUCAUCUUAUAUGUUCGUGAAGUUUAUCCCUCUGGGAUAUUUCAGAAGAGAAAAAAAUACAAUGUACCUGUGCAGAUGUCCUGUCACCCUGACCUUAACCGAUAUAUUCAGGACACCCUACACUGUAUAAAACCACUCAUUGAGAAGAAUGAUGCAGAGAAGGUGGUGGUGGUCAUCAUGGACAAGGAGCAUCGUCCAGUGGAGCGAUUCGUGUUUGAGAUUUGCCAACCUCCUCUUCUGUCCAUCAGCUCGGACUCUUUGCUGACUCAUGUGGAGCAGCUUUUGAGGGCGUUCAUCCUGAAGAUCAGCGUGUGUGAUGCAGUUUUGAUUAAUAACCCACCAGGGUGUUCUUUCACAGUUCUUGUGCACACCAGAGAUGCUGCUACCCGAAAUAUGGAGAAGGUUCAAGUCAUUAAGGAUUUUCCAUGGAUAGUCGCUGAUGAGCAGGAGGUUCACAUGAAGGAGCCGAGACUUAUUCCACUCAAGUCCAUGACGUCUGACAUAGUCAAAAUGCAGCUUUAUGUGGAAGAGAGAGCCCAGAAAACG